ACAACGCAGAACGCAUUUCCAUAGCGCGUUGCCAUAGUGUACACGCACAUAUAAAUGUCGCGUGGUUAAGUAAUUAAUUCUUUAUAAAUUUUGUUUUAUAUAAUAAAAAUUAUAAAUUAAGUGAACAAUAAAAGUAUUUAAAGAUGUUAGUUUUAUUUGAAACUCCGGCGGGAUACGCGAUUUUUAAGUUACUCGACGAAAAUAAAUUGGAGAAAACAGAUAAUUUAUAUCGUGAUUUUGAAACUCCAGAAGCGGCAAAUAAAAUUUUGAAAUUGAAACAUUUCCAAAAAUUCGCCGACACAACAGAAGCCCUAGAAGCAACAACCGCCGCAGUAGAAGGAAAACUCAGCAAAACUCUGAAGAAAACUUUAAAAAAACAUUUCGGAGACCUUCAAGAUUCUCUGGCAGUAGCCGACGCAAAAUUAGGAAGCGCCAUAAAAGAAAAAUUAAAUUUAUCAUGUGUCAGCAAUACAUCAAUCCAAGAGCUGAUGCGUUGCAUCAGAAGUCAGAUGGAUUCUCUGCUAUCCGGUCUCCCAAAGCGGGAAAUGACCGCAAUGGCGCUGGGUCUUGCCCACAGUUUAUCUCGCUACAAACUAAAAUUUUCUCCAGACAAAAUCGACACAAUGAUUGUCCAAGCUGUCGGUUUACUUGACGAACUCGACAAAGAAUUGAAUAAUUACAUAAUGAGAGUACGCGAAUGGUACGGAUGGCAUUUUCCAGAGUUAGGAAAAAUUGUAACAGACAAUUUAGCGUUCGUUAAAACGGUUAAUCUCAUCGGUACACGUGACAACACAUCAGCAACAGAUUUAUCAGAAGUACUUUCUGAGGAUAUCGAAGAAAAAGUUAAAGAAGCUGCCGAAAUUUCAAUGGGAACUGAAAUAAAUGAUGGCGACAUUUUAAAUAUUAAACAUUUGUGUGAUCAAGUCAUUGAAAUAUCGCAGUAUCGUGCGACAUUAUACGAAUAUUUGCAGGCCCGCAUGAUGGCAAUGGCGCCUAAUUUGACGGUAUUGGUUGGAGAACUUGUUGGCGCUCGUCUAAUAUCAUCUGCUGGAUCACUGAUCAAUUUAGCUAAGGAUCCAUCAUCAACUUUACAAAUUCGUGGUGCAGAGAAGGCACUUUUCCGUGCGCUUAAAACUAAAAAAGAUACACCUAAGUAUGGAUUAAUUUAUCAUGCUCAAUUAAUUGGUCAGGCGUCGGCUAAAUUGAAGGGAAAGAUGUCACGUAUGCUGGCUAAUAAGGCCUCGCUUGCUACUCGUUUGGAUGCAUUGGGUGAAGACGAUGCUGGAGUUAAAUUGGGAAUGGAGCACAGAGCCAAGUUGGAAUUGAGACUAAGAAUGUUAGAGGAAGGAAAUGUUAAGAGGAUCAGUGGAACUGGUAAAGCUAAAGCUAAAUUUGAAAAGUAUCACAGCAAGAGUGAAGUGAUGCAGUAUCCAGCUGCUGCGGAUGUUGUUGUUGGCAAGAAGAGAACUCAUGAUGAGAGCAAGGUCUUGAUUGAAGAAAUAAAGACAGAGGAUGAGGAAAUACCGAAGAAAAAGAAGAAGAAGGAAAAGAACGAGGGUGAGGGUGGAGAACAAGCUGAAGAUAAAGAGAGUGAAGCUGUAGCUGGGCCUGCUGGUGGGGAAAAGAAGAAGAAGAAGAAGAAAAAAGCACAGGAAGCUGGACAAGAUCUGGUUAAGGAAGAAGUCACGGAGGAAGUUGACACUAAAGAGCAAAAGAAAAAGAAGAAAAUUAAAACGGAAAUUGAUGAAAGCAUGGAAGUUGCUGAUCAAGUUACUGAAGAACAUUCUGAAGAAUCUAAAGAACAAAAGAAAAAGAAGAAGAAAAAAAAGUCCGAAGCAAGUGAAGAUGUAGAAGUAAAACAAGAAGUUGAUGAAGAUGUUCCAGCACCGACAAGUGAAAAGAAAAAGAAAAAAAAGAAAAAAUCACAAUCUGAAGAUUCAUAAAUUUAUCUUUCAUAAUUGUAUUGAUUAUAAUUAAUUAUUAAAACUAUAUAUUAUAUAUUUUUUUUUUUUU